CUGGAACGCGCGCUUGCCUCCAGAAGCGCCGUCGGGGCUCCGCUCUGGACGAAAAGGGGGAGCCCCGACGGGGGGGCAGCAGGGAUGGAUGCCCUAAGGAACACCACCCAUGGGUGCUGCUGCUGGCUGGACAGCUGGCUGGCCGCUCGGCCCCAACUUUCUCCUUGGCCCGGCUGUUGACGUUGCACCCAGCGACUGACUUUCGUUUCCACCCAGGACACAUUUUGCAGAAAUGAAAGUGAAAGAGGGCGCUGGGCAGAGACGGGAGAUGGAGGUGGAGACACGCGUCUGCGCGAACUGCAAGCGGGACGUGGUGGCUGCCAACUUCUCCCUCCAUGAGGUCCACUGCUUGCGCUUCCUGACCAUCUGCCCCAAGUGUGAGGAGCCAGUGGUGCUGAAGGACAUGGCGGAACACCUCGCUACAGCCCACGAACAGGUCAGAUGCAAGCGGUGCCACCAGGCAAUGCAGCAGUACUUACUGGAGCACCACGAGGCUGAAGACUGCCCCGAACGCCUGGCCCAGUGCCACUUCUGCGAGCUGGAAGUGCCCUUCCGCCAGCUGCACAGCCACCUCAAGGCCUGCGGCAGCCGGACCACCCCUUGCUGGGAUUGCGGCAAGUACAUCAUGUACAAAGACCUGGAGGACCACAGCCGUACCUGUCGGGAAAACAAGGUGCUCCCUGGCCCUGGGCCCAAGGCCAAUCUGUGCCAGCAGUGCAACAGCUGGUUCCCCGACGAAAAGUACCUCCAGCACCUGAACGAGUGCAGCCCCCUCUCGCAGCUCCUGGGGGCCCUUAGCACCCGAUCACCCACAGAGCCCACCUCCCCUCCAUCCGCCUCGAGCCCCCUGACCCCAGCCACUCCGCCCCCCACCCCGAGCCCUGUGGCCGAGAAGGACGUCCGGCCCAAGAUGAAGGAGAAGGAGCUGUCUUCCCUGGGGAGACCCUCGAUGAAGCCCUCUCGGCCCAAGAAGUCCUCCAGCCGGCCAGCCUUCACCUCCACCCUGCCGCAGGCCCUGGGGGACGAAGAAGAGGCCGCUGCAGCAGCCUAUGACCAACUGGCCACCUGUUCCCAGUGCAACAUCCUCCUGCCCAGGCCCACCCUGCAGAAGCACGAGAAAAAGUGUCGGCGGGGAGCUUCUUUGCAGGCCCUGCGACGGAGCCCCCGGGUCCUGAGGAAAGGAGAGGAGUCGAAGUAGAGACACAUCCCUCUUGCAGGAAGAUCCCUGGGCAGCGGCAAGGACAUCUCCCACCACUGGGCAUUGGGCCAGCCCAGAUUUUUUGCCUCCCUGCAGGAUCAGG